AUGCGAGAAAUCGCUUAUACACUGUAUAUAUACUCGUAUUCGAGCAUCUCCUUAAUACUGUCACAGAGUGCAGCUAAAAUACGAACAUUUACGUUUCACAAACUGGCAGGUUGUCACGAGCUGCAGGAUUUUACCAACGGAUUAGUGGAAGCCAUGAAGUACAAUUUACGGUGUAACCGAAAUAUCAGCGAAAAGAUGACGAAAAAAGACUUCGUAUACGACAUUCGUCCACCAAUUCAAAGUUCCAGAAAGUUGGAAGAAGGAAAAUAUCCAAUCGUGUUACCACUACAACUGCGAAAAAAACAUAGUACCGAUUCGAAAAUGCCCCAAUACUCCGUUAUUUCGGAAAAGAACGAUUACAAUCAAAAUAACGACGAAAUGAAUCUUUCAGAGCAACGAGCCUUGAAAUUCGAGUGCAAUUUCUGCCAUGAACAAAUUGCUACACUUUUGUCUUUGUCCACUCACAUUAAAUUUCAUCGACGCAGAUAUUGCAAGUAUUGCUACUGGAUACUACCAGAGAACGAAACGAUGAAAGAGCAUAUCGAAAGUACUCAUCGAAUCGAUCCAGAAUCACUUUUUUGGGAGGAAGAAAAACUCACUUUGAAGAAACGUAGCAGCGAAACUUCACUGGAUGCACAAAUAGCCCAGAUUGUCUAAGGAGUUUGCUCAAGAGGGUUCCACCUUUAAGAAUUAUUGCCUGGUUAGAUUAUUUCGUUGAGAAUUAUUAACCGUUAUUUUCGAGUCGUUUAUCUUCCUGAUUUCCUCACAUUUUUUCGCCGGAUAACCAAAGUAAUAGAACGGGGGCGCAACGCCUGCGCGAAAUCCAGGAUUCUCGGUCAACUUACAGGCUAGUGGGUAUGAAUGAAAGCUGCGAGCUUCCAGUAUCGCGCGAAAUAGAGGCCUCGUCGUUCCUACGUUAGUUUUCAUCUCGUGCAAUUUCGUAAUCAGUGCUAUCGUCCAAGAGAAAGCAAUUCGGCCACUUGACCCAUUUAAUCCAUCGAUUACACGGUGGAAGAUACGAGUGAUAAAUCCUUAACGCGCUACUAACAACGAGGCUUCAAUAAUCUUUCGCUGAUAGACAUCGAGGAUAUUAAAAGAGUCUGUAAGAGUUUCCUUUGUAAAAAUUCUGCUGCAAUAUGCAAUGUCUCUGUAUUUGUUGCUUUGUAUAAAAAGGGAUGAUUUAGAUAUGAAAGAAAAAAUUGUUUACGUACGUAA